AUGAGGAGAAUUGCUCCUGAAAUCCUCAUUUUAUUUGAAAUUUUGCUUAUUUGGAUUGUUAAUGUUAAUUCUAAAAUAUAUCCUUCUUUAGAGCUAAAAAACGAGGAUGUUUUAGCCGAUAUUGCUGAUGAAAACCAUCCAUUUAUGCCUAUGUUGGAAACAUUGCAUCUACUUUCUAGAAAACCAUCUUGUUUUAGAUUUUCUGUUUCUUCACUGAUUUCUACAUGUGAAAAAUUGGAUUCAGAUCUUCAUGAAGAUGAAAAACUGGCAUUUGCUGUUAGAUUAACGCUUUGUGAGCUUGAUACAGCUCAUGUUGAAGUUCCGGAGACAUGUCGACAAAAGAAUUUUCAAAAAUGUGUUAAAGAGCUAGAGACACGCCCCCAAUGGUGGACAAGUUACUCAGGAUAUUUCAGAGAUGUAACACGCAUGUGUUUUGCUGCGCGUACAGAAGUUGAGAAAGACCAAUUGCUUGCAUUGCAUCGAAAUUUGACUUAUGCUCAAAUGGGGCUACUUCGAAAUUUAAAGCUUGAAAUGGAUGAUAUUGAUCUUCGUAUUUAUGAGAAAUAUAAGAUGGAGCAGUCAUGGCAGCAGUUUCAAGAUGACAUGGAGCGUAGUAUGCAAUUAAUGAAAAAUGAAAUUAAAGAAAUGGAAAAAAUGGCAAAUAUUUUAUUAUCAACAUUUUUGACAUCAAUGAAUGUAUCUUUAAAUGAAGUAAAUAGAAGGAUUGAUUUAGUUACAACGAAUUUGGAUAAAGUUAUGUUAAAAGUUGAACAGGCGGGUUCACAUGCAAAGAAAGAAAUAAAUAAUCUUACUAUGUUUAUAAAUAAAUUGUGGAGUGCAACUGGUGAAAUUGCUUUAAAUAAUUUUGAAUCUAUAAAAAAGAUAAAUAAUGAAUUAGAAACUAUUGAAAAUGUUUUUUUAGGAUCAAUUGUUGAUCGCUUGAAAAAAAUACGCAUAUCUUUAGAUUUCUCUUUUGGAUCUAUUCAAACUUUUUCACAACAAAUAUUAUCUAUGUCUACGGUGGCUGAAGUUCUUUCAAAAACAUUGAAGAAUUUGACACAUUCUCACAAUGAUUUGUUCUCAUCCUUGUCUUCUAUUGAGGCAUUACAGUUAAAAAUAGGUAAUGGGUCUCUUUCGACUAUUAAAUCUAUUUCCAGUUUGGUAAAUGAAAGAAUGGAUAAUCUGUUGGAUCAAAUACAGGAACUUAAAAAUACUACAAAAAAUGCAGAAAAUCAUAUAUAUUCUUGGAUAUUUUCAAAAAUACCCCUUGUAUUUACAUGGUUGGCUUUCUUUUUCUUUUUUCCAAUGCAUAAAUUUGCUGGCAUAUUUCUAUUUGUUUUUUUAUAUUAUUUUUGGAGAAAAAUUAUGGUAUUCAUUGAAUAUUUAAAUAUUCAGAAUCUUUCAUCUUUAUUUUAUGUCAUAUCAAACAUUUAUAAAAAUAUUAUUUCGUUUUUAUUUUUUUCUAUAUUUAUUACUUUAUUUGUACGUUUUUAUAAAAAGAAUUACAGAAUUUACAGAAAUUAUCAAAUGCCUUCUUUUUUGAAAUCUUAUUUAAGACCAUUUGAAGUUAAUCAUGAUGUUAAUUGGCAACGGCUUUCUAUUGUUGAUAAAUCAAAAAGGGUUUCUCGUAUUUUUUAA